AUGACUUGGAUGUCAUUUAUUCGCGAUGAGCGCAUUAUCCUCGUUGGCAUCGGCGCCGCUACGUUUGGCUUGGUCACUAUGAUGACCCAGAUGCUGACAUACAUCCGCGACGACAAUGAAGUCAAAGUCACGCCGCCCAAAACGCAGUACAUUACUCAAGAGACCGAAGAUGCGCUUGGUCUUGAUACUCUGGACAAGUUGCUAUGCCACCCUAAUUUCUCGAUUCGAGAUGUCGCCAUCAAGAUACUUUGCGAUCGCGCUGUCAACGACAGCGGUACGGUGCGACAGCUUCUCUACGGCAUCACGCGACCUGACUACGACACUCGUAUGAAGAAUCUUCGUGCUAUGGCAACGCUCACCGGGCAGACCAAUGACUUCGCAGAGGGCCUGUCGAAGUUGCACACAUGGAGAGCGUACUCAGCUCUUGUCAGAUCCCUCGAAUUAAGCCUCGGCGACACGGAACAGACGAAACUCGACGACAAAUACUGGGACGAGUACUACCUUCGCGAUAUGGCGGAGAGGUUCUGCCUCAUGUUCGUCCUCGAGCUCAUCACUAAGUACGGCGCGGAUAUGCUGGUCAAGGCUAAAUUUGUGGAAAAGUGGUUGGCAAAACAGCAGUGGGGGGACAAUGAUGCUGAAAGGCAGGAAAACUUCAUUUACUACAUGGAGCACAAGAAUAACCGUAUCGUCGACAUUGUUACGAGGAUCGCACACACUACCCAGGGAGCAAAGGCGAUACUCGCCUGCAACCUUGCCACCAAAACCAGUUUUGACCUCAACCCGGAUACUAACUUGGCUGGGUUUACCAUUGCAUUACAGUCCACUUUGUGCAACGCCGAUGGCGAAGACGAAGCGCUGCAAGCAGUAGAGCAAGUGCCUCGGACACGAGAGCACUCGGCCGAGGAACAGCGUCUCAGGCGCCAACACCGCGAGGCGAUGGUGUUCAACGACGGUACGAGACCGAUUGGAAGGGAGGACAUAAUCGAGAGAAGCCACGAUUCGCCGAGCUAA